AUGGACCCCUCCAAGAUCCCCGAUUUCUUGGCCGAGCAGCAAGCCAAAGGCACACCCGAGACACAGACCUAUUUCCUCACUUUCGAAGACUAUUGGGAGCGAAAGCUAUGGCAUCAGCUGACUGAUUCGUUGGUGGAGUUUUUCCGCAUGCCCGAGAGUGCACCCCAGCGACUGGCAAUCUUCAAGGCCUUUGUGUUGAGCUUCGCGGAUCGGAUCAAUCAGCUCAAGUUUGUAUCACUGGGGUUGAUGGCAUCAACAGAAUGUUCCGAUAAUGAAGAGCGUCUCGCUUUCCUCACAGCCCUUUCCAACAAGGUCAACAAGCCCGAAUCACAAGAUGCCUAUGUUUAUGCGCUUGCCGACGUCGCCAGUGUCAAGCUGCGAUUGCCUGACCUUGAUGGAGCACAAAGUGAUUUGGCUACCUGUCAGAGGGUAUUGGACUCGUUCGACUCGGUCGAGACUGUCGUGCACGCAUCAUUCUACAAAGUGAAUGCGGACUAUUACCACGCGAAGCAAGAAUUCGCAUCUUUCUACAAAAAUGCCCUCCUCUACCUGGCCUGCAUCGACCUCAAAGACCUUUCCGAGACUGAGCGUGCAUCUCGCGCCUACAAUCUGAGCGUCGCGGCACUCGCGUCCGACUCCAUCUACAACUUCGGAGAGCUUCUUCUGCACCCUAUCCUAGAUUCCUUGACCGAGACCCCUCACAACUGGCUGCGCGAUUUGCUCUUCGCCUUCAACCGGGGCGACUUGACCGCAUACGACGUGCUCGCCGGCAACAUCAGCAAGAACAAGCUGCUCGAGUCACACCGCAUGUUCCUCUACCAGAAGAUCUCACUCUCCGCGUUGACGGAGAUGGUCUUCCGACGCCCUCCGCACGACCGAUCCCUCUCCUUCCGCGAUAUCGCGGCCGAGACCAAGGUGCAACCGGACGAGAUCGAGCAUUUGGUCAUGAAGGCGCUGUCGCUCGGUCUAUUGAAGGGGUCAAUCGACCAGGUGGCGCAGGUAGCUCACAUUUACUGGGUGCAGCCCAAGGUAUUGGACAUGAAGCAGAUUGAAGGUAUGCGAAACCGACUGAAGGACUGGGAUGCUGGUGUCAAUCAGCUUGGUCACUGGAUCGAGGGCGUCGGAAAGGAUGUUUGGGCGGCAUAG